CGGGCUUAAAAGCCAGGCACUCAGACAGACAACCAGACAAAAAGGCUGUGAAACAAGAAAGUGUAAAUUUGCAGGAAACGGAUGCCAAGUGAAGAAAACGAAGGGUUCGCCGUUGGAAUAUAACAAUCGUCGACUUUUGACGGCCACCUUACACAAACAACCGCCAAGAUGCUCUUCUCAACAUUAUCAGCACUCGUCCUCGCAGCGACAGCAUCAGCCCACAUCGUCAUCUCCUACCCGGGCUGGCGCGGCAAUAACCUCAUUACCAAUGACACCUUCCCCUACGGCAUGCAAUGGAAUUACCCAUGCGGCGGCAUGCACGUCACCCAAAACCGCACCUACUGGCCCACGACGGGCGGUGCCCUCGCCUUCCAACCAGGCUGGUUCCAAGGCCAUGCCCAGGCAAUGAUGUAUGCCAACAUGGGCUUCGGCAGCGACGGGCCCGACGGCGGUCCCCUCAACAUGUCCUUCCCCAUGGUCCCCGUCUUCCAAAUCCUCGGCCCCAGCAAGAACCCUUACCCGGGCACCGUCUGCCUCCCACAAGUGCCUCUCCCGGCGAACACCACCGUCAAGGCCGGCGAUCACGCCACGAUCCAAAUUGUCGAGCUUGCUGUGCACGGCGCCGCUCUGUUCUCGUGCGUCGAUAUUGAAUUCGCUGAGCCAGGCGACCCGAAAAUCGGAAAGGUCAACGAGACGAACUGCUUCAACUCCACUGAUAUUGGCUUCGGCGACGUCUACACUAUCACGACGAAAGAGUCUGGCGCGGGGUAUGUGCAAGGAACAUCCGCCGCCGCAAGGAUGACGACAGCAACGAGCUUCUCUGUCGCUGGGUUGCUCCCGUUUCUGCUCGGUGCGCUCUGGGUCGUGCUGUGAUUCAGCUACACGGCCUAAAUUCAACGAUGAGUUAUUUGGGGAGCUUUAUGGACGGAAUGGAUGGAUCAUACCUUGAGAAAAUUUGUACAUUCUUGGGAGGCAUUAA